ACUACCAAUUGUUGACGCGACGGGUUUAAUUUAGGGUUUUAUCUCCCAAACCCAGCCCCCAAAUUUAGGCGUAAAUCCCUAAACUGCGAAUCAUGGAAACAUCUGAGGCGCAGAAAUGCGACGUCGCUCCAGCCACUGCUACCGCAUAUCUCGACCCAAAUUACUGGGAUAAGAGGUUUGAUCACGAAGAGCAUUACGAGUGGUUCAAAGACUAUUCUCACUUUCGUCACCUCAUUCUCGAAUACAUUAAACCCAAGUCCGCUGUAUUAGAGGUAGGGUGUGGAAAUUCUCAGCUGUGUGAAGAGCUCUAUAGAGAUGGAAUUACUGAUCUUACCUGCAUUGACUUGUCAUCGGUUGCUGUUGAGAAGAUGAAGCAGCGAUUAUCAACCAAGGGCUAUAAAGAAGUAAAAGUGCUGGAAGCUGAUGUGACUAUUCUCAUUUAUGCUUUUCUGUUUCUGUUGCUAUCAGAAGUAAAAGUGCUGGAAGCUGAUAUGUUACAGCUGCCUUUUGAAGAUGAAUGUUUUGAUGUGGUUAUAGAGAAAGGAACCAUGGAUGUAUUAUUUGUGGACUCUGGAGACCCCUGGAAUCCAGAACCUGAGACAGUUAGCAGAGUUAUGGCAAUGCUUGAAGGUAUUCAUAGAGUUUUGAAACCCAAUGGUAUCUUCAUCUCCAUCACCUUUGGCCAGCCGCAUUUCAGGCGACCUUUCUUCAGUGCUCCCGCAUUUACCUGGUCAACUGAAUGGAAAACAUUUGGCGAUGGGUUUCAUUAUUUCUUCUAUAUAUUGAAGAAGGGUGAGAGAUCAUCAGAUGGCACCGAGUGUAUUGAAAAGACCGAUGUGCCAUCCCUCUCUCUUUACCAUGAGGAGUUGGAGAGCGAAGACUAUCUAUUUCGUACGAAUCUGGAUGAGAUGUGAAGCCUUAUUUCUUGACUCCUGGUAACUAUGCGUCUUACAAUUGAUAAUAGUAUAUUUGCUACUACUGUUGCCUUCUGUUUUCCGAAUCUUCGGAUUAUUUAUAGCUCAUGCCUCAAUGAAACUCUCUUUUUUGUUAUUUUAGUAGAAAAUGUUAGUGGGGCUGUAUUUCUGUAGAAAAUUUGGGGUCAUACAUAUUAUCUUUCUUUCGGUUAUAAUAACAUCAUAUCUCUCGAGCGUUGUCUUUAUAUUGUUAUCCAACUACUUUGCUCGUGUAAUAUAUGAAUAUUCUUUUGGUAAUGUACAUAAAUGGAUACGUGCAUAUAUGUAUUUAAUUUAAA